CAUUCCAUCUUAAACCCUACUCUAUUCUCAUUUCUUCGUUUCGUCUCUUUGAGUCUCUCAAUUAGGGUUUCUGAGAAUCAAAAUCACAGUAACAAUGUCGAUGUCAAAGAGUUCCAAAAUGCUUCAAUACAUCAACUACCGAAUGAGAGUAACGAUUCAAGACGGUCGUCAACUCGUCGGAAAGUUCAUGGCCUUCGAUCGUCACAUGAAUCUCGUUCUCGGUGACUGUGAAGAGUUUCGCAAACUUCCACCGGUAAAAGGUAAGAAAACCGCCGACGGAGACCGUGAAGACCGUCGUACACUUGGUCUUGUUCUUCUCCGUGGUGAAGAAGUUGUUUCGAUGACAGUUGAAGGUCCUCCACCACCGGAAGAAUCGAGAUCAAAGGCUGUUAAUGCUGCUGCAAUGGCGGGUCCUGGUAUUGGUCGUGCUGCUGGGAGAGGGAUUCCUCCGGCGCCGGUUAUUCAAGCUCAGCCUGGUCUUUCUGGUCCAGUUCGUGGUGUUGGUGGACCUGCUCCUGGUAUGAUGCAGCCACAGAUCUCCCGUCCACCGCAGUUGUCUGCGCCACCGGCUUAUCCUGGUGGUGCUCCGGUGAUGCGUCCUCCUGGUCAGAUGCCUUAUCCUGGACAAGGUCCACCACCUAUGGCAAGAGGUCCUCCUCCACCUAUGCCACCUGGACAAUUUGCUCCGAGACCUGGUGGUCCACCGCCGCAGUUUUCUAUGCCGCCUCCUCAGUAUGGACAGAGACCUAUGGGACCACCUCCUCCUGGACAGAUGGUUAGAGGACCUCCUGCUCCUCCUCGUCCUGGAAUGCAGCCUCCUCCUCGUCCCGGAAUGCCUCCUCCUCCUGGAAGUGGUGUUCCUGUUUAUGGUCCACCACGACCUGGCAUGCCUCCUCCACCAAAUGCUCCAAAUCAACAACAGCAACAGUGAUGGUAGAAUGGAUUGGUUUCUUCUUGCUGGAUAUCAGAAGAUAAUGGACAUUGGACUUUAUGACAAACUCAAUAUCAACCUCAUAACCUUGAAAGUAAUUGUUGCUUGUACAACCUUGAAUCAUUCUCUUAUUAGGUUUUUUUUUUUAAUGUCAUGGUGAGAAUAUGCUAUGUUAGAACAACAUUUAUGUUCUGGAGGAAGUUAUUGUACUGCAACUUGAGUGUUAGACAUGUAAAAUCGGCUGUGUAGAUUGUUGGGAAAAUGCCGGAUUGCUAAAUCAGCAUAUUGAUUUCUAAAUGUAGGGCAUGAUCUGUCUUCUCUUAAAUCUUUUGGGCUAUAUAACUUUAAUAUCAUUUUGGAA